AUGAGUGUAAGCGGCAUUCCAAGAUCAAGUGCAUUUAUUGCUGUCCAUUUUCCGUCAGCAGUUACUAAAAUAAGCCUAUUUCAUAGUGCUUUCUUGGGCGAUAUUAAAAACGCAUACAUCAAUAAUCCACAUCUUGAAGAUCUUCUUUUUGAUCCAUUCUUUAAGAAUGCUAUUGAAAGCGCACAAAGUUCAUGGCGUAAAGUCAUUUCAGAAGCUGUUUUAAUUGGCAUUCCUACUCCUGCAUUCGCAUCGGCUCUUUCAUUUUAUGAUGGUUAUAGACAUGAAAAAUUACCUGCUGGUCUACUUCAAGGAAUGCGAGAUUAUUUUGGUGCACAUACCUUCAGAUAUCUUGAUGAAUACACUGAUGAAAAACAUCCUAAAGAUAAAGAUGUUCACGUUAAUUGGACUGGUCAUGGUGGAAACGUUAGCGCUUCCUCUUAUCUUGCCUAA